CUGAUUAGCUUAAAGCCCAUUUCUUGUUCUUGUUUUCUCGUCGAAAGACAAGCACUAUUGUUAUUAAUUUGGCGGAUAUACUAGUGGAAAAAACAAAAUAACAAUGAUCAAUAACAAGAGUUAAACAACAACUUAGAAACAUUAGGCAAAACGGGUUGCCAAGCAUCAACUUCAGUAAUGGAUAAAACAAAAGCAAAAGUGAACUAAAACAGAUAAAAAGUGAUAACGGUGCGAUUUCCGAGCAGAAUAAGCGAUGGAAACAAAUCCGAUGAACUUCAUGGACGCUUCGUUAGACGAGUCCAUGGAUUUGUUUAAGGCAGGGGACGCCUUUGACAUGAUCAACGAGGUGCUCCACUCGGACAUGCUGGACAGCUUACUGAACGACAUGGACCUGCAACCGCAGAUGUACGAAUCGCUGCUAAUGGACGAGACGCCUCAAUCGCACCCCCAAACGCCGGCCGUGGAGCAACAGCAGCACGUGAAGAGCGAGCACUCCUCGCCGGUUCACAUUAAAGAGGAGCAGCAGCAGCCUCCGUUGCUCGUCUACAAGCCGGAUCCCCUCAUGGCCUCCAACUACAAUCUCCCCCAGCAGCAACAGCAGCAGCCAGCAGCAGCGCUCCUGAAGGCCACCCAACCGACGGCAACCAUCCACCACAUGGAUACCCAGCGAUUGCCGCCGAACAGCACGGUUUAUUCCCCAGCUAAUUUUAUCUACCGGUCCAUUUCCCCACCCACGUCGCCAGCGGAGUCGCCACCGCAGAAUGUGAAUGUCAUGCAACCCAUUGCUGCACCUGCCAAUUCCUUGGCACUGCAGUGCCCUAUGGAACCCUUCAUCAUGUAUGCCCAGCCCAUGGCCACGAGUCCCGGACUAAUAACAUCCGCCGCGGCAAUGCCCGUGAUGAUGGAAUCCACGACGACGAAGACUGUGGCCAGUCCGAAGACCUCCCCACCUGUAGCUCCCCCGCCGAGCAGGGCCAGCAAGGUGAGAGUGGCACCCCUGGCACCAUCCCCCGGCGCUAUGGAGGUUCAAGGCAAGGUGCCCAUUACCCGAGUGCAACCCAAGGUGAAGGAGGUGAAGCGCUCCGCACACAACGCCAUCGAGCGGCGAUAUCGCACUUCGAUCAACGACAAGAUCAAUGAGCUGAAGAACUUGGUGGUGGGCGAGCAGGCCAAGCUGAACAAAUCCGCAGUGCUCCGGAAGUCCAUAGACAAGAUACGAGAUCUUCAGCGUCAGACGCACGAUCUUAAGGCAGAGCUGCAGCGUCUGCAGCGGGAGCUGAUGGCCCGCGACGGCUCCAAGGUAAAGGACCUUCUGCAGCUGGGCACCCGGCCGGGACGAGCCUCCAAGAACCGGCGUUUGAGUUCGUUGACCUCCACAACAGAUGCCGGACUGACCCCGCCGCGCAGCGACGUGUCUGAUCCUUCGCUUUCGCCCAUGCACUCGGACAUCUCGCUGCCGCCGUCGCCCUACGGAGGAUCCACCGCCAGCUGUAGCAGCGGUAGCAGCAGCAAUGAUGAGCCGCUUGUGGUGCCCAGCUCCAUGCGGGGCAUGGCCACCCACUCCCGCCUGGGACUCUGUAUGUUUAUGUUUGCUAUUCUGGCCGUAAAUCCCUUCAAGACGUUCCUCCAGCAUAACCAAUAUGGCAGCAAUGAUGACAUGGGCGAGUUGAGCGGUCAGAGACGUAUUCUUUCAUACGACGCAGAUGGUGAAGGCAUUUCUGGCUGGCAGCAGAGCUCUUGGAUAUGGCUUUUGAACUUGAUACUGAUGCUGGGCUGCCUGGUGAAACUGCUAGUAUACGGUGAUCCGCAACUAGACGCUCAGACGGACGCUUACUGGCAGCACAAGCAGCGGGCCGACUCCCACUUUGCCCAAGGACAAGCACCUCAGGCCUACGCCAGUUACUUGAACUGUUUACACAUGUUUGGAUUGAGUCUGCCGGCUUCGCGCUUUGAGCGUUACCUGCAGACGAGCUGGCAGAUUCUUCGGUUCCUUUUCCACCGCCUAUGGCUGGGUCGGGUACUGUCCCGUCGUACUGGUGGACUGUUCAGCAACGCUGCCAACCGGAAACAGGCGCUGGCUUCAGCACGGGAACUAGCACUGCUAUUCAACCGACUUAAUCAACUGCAGUUAACUGGGAACGGAAGUCGCGGUGAUGGCAACGGUAUCAUGAUGGCCCUUUUUGCAAGCAACAUGGCCGAAGUGGCUCACAAUCUGCUGACCCCCCGCGAAACCAUUUGCAUCCACGUGAUGACGGCGCUACGAAUGAAGCGCAAUGCGCCCAAGUGGUUGCAACAGCUCUUCGCACGAUACUACAUGAGCCGGGCUCGCCAGGAAUGCGGUCGCACCCGAGCUGCUGAGCAAACGCAGGAGUUGCGUUGGGCGUUCACUGCCUACGGAUAUCGCUACUGCAGCACGCACGUCUUUAGCUACGAUCUAAACGACUCCGGCGAGCAGCAUGGCUUUUUCACGCGUCUAAGGAAUCCAUGUGACCCCGCUGCCCACGUUAUAAAGCAAUACCGCGAACACUUGCUUUUUAAAGCUAUUCAGUGUCUGGUGGGAGCGGGUCACAAGUCGGGAGGUUUACCUGCAUCUACAGCCGGUGGAGAGACGGAGCAACUGCAGCAACAGCAACACAGCGGCACUAUCGUCAGCAAUGUUCUUAAGUACACCUCGCUUCUGAGGGACACACUGUGGGCAGAUGAGGAUGAGCGCGAUGCAAAUGUGGUGUGGUGGGCGAAUGUCCUGGAGAUUGCAGUGCACUGGCUCCUCGGCGAAGACACGUUGGCCCAGCAGUUACACGACAGCAUCAAGCAAAUGCCAAUCCAGCUUCAGCAGUGCAGCGAGCACGCUCAUUUGCCCCGGGCGCUGCAUGCGGUGCUUCAGGCCAAGAUGAUACUAUUAAUCAGGAAUAACGGCAAUGCCCUGGACAAGAGUCUCAAAACCUCGGUCAAUCACCUGUGCAAUGAGUCAAGUGUAGAGCUCCAAGAAUGUCUCACUGUAAACAGGAUCACAAACGCUAACGGCAUAAAGUUGCUUUUCCAAUUGCUUACAUGCGAUUGGCUGCUUGAAACUCGGACUGCUUUGUGGGAGCUUGAACAUAUGAAUAUGGAGGAUGAUGGCUUCUACCAAGUGCCCGGUGAAGUGCUUGAAAAAUUCCAGACCGAUUUGAAUUCUUUGCGCAGCAUUGUGGAAAAUAUACCGAAUGCUCAAUCGAGGAUAUAUUUGUACGAGGCGGUUUGUCGUUUGAUGGCUGGCGCCUCGCCCUGCCCAACGCAACAGCUUUUGGACAGGAGUCUACGGUCGCGGUACGCCCACUCGUCCAUCUUUUGCGGCAGCAAGGACCGGCGGCACCAGAACUUCGAAGGCGGGGAGCGGGAGCGCGCUUCUGCCAUGUACGUCGCCUGCAAGUAUCUGCCGCCCGCACUUCUCAGUUCCCCGGGUGAGCGUGCUGGCAUGCUGGCCGAGGCGGCCAAGACCCUGGAGAAGGUGGGCGACAAGCGGAAGCUGAAAGAGUGCUACCAGCUGAUGAAAUCGCUGGGCAACGGCAUUGGCAGCGUGAAAGCUUAGGGUAGCCGUGAAUUAUAUAACCAUUAAUGAUAAGAUCCUGGGAUCAAAUUUAAAGACAAAUAUCCCUUUUUUCACUCUAAAGAAGAUGGGAGUCGAUUACUCCUCUUUAAGCUUUACCUUCGUUUUCCCCGCUUAAUUAUGCUUAGAUUGUAAUUCAAAUCUAAUUUAAUAUGGAAAUUUAUAUUUGUUUAAUAUUUACCGUAAAAGUUAAUCAUAUUUAUAACAAUAAAUAUUUUAACAGUU